CGCGUAGGCGGCACUGCCUCAAGAGACGCUAGUACGUUAAUAUAAAGAUCUGUGUAUCUCACAGAUACAUUGACACACACAAAAUAAACGUAUUAUUUGCACAGACACCAAACAAGUUUCGAUUUAAACAAAUUAAAAUAAAAACAAAACCAAACAAAAAAUCUUGCUCUAUUAACGUACACAUUUGUAAACAUUUAAACGGGAGGAUGUACGAGCUUCAUAGUUGUUUAAAUUUAGUAUUUUAUGCAACAAUCAUUCCCGGAUCGAUACUCAUUAGUUGGCUGACUGGGCUAGUUGCACUACCCGUCCUGGUCAUAGCACUUUUCUUAUUCAUCUUGAUAUUUGUGGUAUUUCCUUUAGCCUUUCGCUCCUCGAUAACAUUGCAGCGCGGCAUACUUUUCCUCACGUUCAUCACCUAUCCUAAGGGCUUAGAUCUCACCAAACCAGACAGCGUUGGACUCUAUGCUACACGCAAUUUCUACAUAAAUGUCAGGGAUCAUGAUACGGACGACGAUGGCGUCAAUAUUGGCGUCUGGCAUGUGCUGCCCAAGUAUGCGGUGCGUCGCUUCAAGCGUGAACUGCGAGUGGAAACUGCCUACGCCGAAGAGGAAGAACAUUUACGCUCAGUGGCCGGUACAGUUCAGUCUGCCCCAACCAAUGAACAUGAGCUAGAGCAGCUAGUACCAGCGAUACGCGCUGAAUUUCCUGUAAUCGUGCCCGAGAACGAGCAGCUCUUUUAUGAGCGUCUAUUGCGCACGCCUGGCGGCGUUGUAGUACUCUACUUGCAUGGCAAUACAGCAACACGUGGGAGCGGGCAUCGCUCUGAGGUCUACAAGCUGUUGCGACAAUUGAACUAUCAUGUGUUUACAUUUGAUUAUCGCGGCUAUGCUGACUCAGAUCCUGUUGCACCCUCGGAGGAGGGUGUAGUACGCGAUGCUCUCACUGUGUUUGAAUAUAUUUCAAAUAUAACAUCGAAUCCCAUAUUUAUAUGGGGUCAUUCCUUGGGUACAGGCGUUGCCACGCAUUUGUGCUCCAAGGUGGCGGAUCUAAAGGAGCGUGGUCCACGUGGCAUCAUACUGGAGAGUCCAUUUACCAAUAUACGCGAUGAGAUACGACUACAUCCAUUCUCACGACCUUUUCGACAUCUGCCCUGGUUUGAGUAUUCAAUCUCGGAGCCCAUGUUUCAAAAUAAGCUGCGCUUUGAGUCGGACAAGCAUAUCUACGAAUUUCCACAGCCUGUAAUGAUAGUGCAUGCCGAGGACGAUAGGGUGGUGCCUUUUAUUUUGGGCUAUAGGCUGUAUCGUAUUGCCCUGGACAAGCGCAGCCGCUCAUGGGGACCCGUGGAGUUUCAUCGCUUCGAUGCAAAAUAUGGCUAUGGACAUAAGCAUCUCUGCCGUGCACCAGAGCUGCCGGGACUGAUUAAAAACUUUGUGGAAAGCUAUCGCAAUGUAAUCUACUAGACAAUGACUUCAAAACAGGCUAUAUAGCAUUAUAAUUAUUUAUUUAAAAAGAGUAUUUUAAUUUAACUGCAUUUUCUAACGCCACAAAAUGUUACAAAA